AUGGCGCACCUAGACCCUUACUUCAAGCAAGUCGAUGAUUUGCAAAACACCUUCAUCGAGAGGCUGAGGGAGGCGGUGGCCAUCCCCAGUAUCAGUUCCGAGGACCAGAGGAGGCCUGAUGUCGUCAAGAUGGGACACUGGCUUGCCGAUCAGAUCAAGGCUCUUGGUGGCACUGUCGAGCUCCGUGAGCUAGGAAAGCAGCCUGGUCGUGAGCACCUCGACCUCCCGCCUUGCCUAUUGGGUCGCUACGGAAACGACCCCAAGAAGCUCAACGUCCUCGUCUACGGCCACUACGAUGUACAGCCUGCAAACAAGUCGGACGGUUGGGCGACAGACCCCUUCACACUCAGCAUCGACGACAAGGACCGCAUGUUUGGACGCGGCAGCACUGAUGACAAGGGUCCUGUGCUUGGAUGGCUCAACGCAAUUGAGGCCCACCAGAAGGCUGGCGUAGAGCUACCUGUCAACCUGGUCAUGUGUUUCGAGGGUAUGGAGGAGAAUGGAUCUGAAGGACUUGACGACACCAUCCGCGCAGAGGCCAAGAAGUUUUUCAAGGAUGUCGAUGUUGUCUGCAUUUCGGACAACUACUGGCUCGGUACUGAGAAGCCCUGCUUGACUUAUGGUGUCCGCGGCUGCAACUACUACCAGAUUGAGAUUUCUGGUCCUGGUCAGGAUCUCCACUCUGGUGUCUACGGCGGCAUGACUCACGAGCCUAUGACUGACUUGGUGCGCAUCAUGAACUCGCUUGUCGACCCGGAUGGCAAGAUUCUCAUCAAGGGUAUCGAUGAGCUGGUUGCCCCGCUUACCGACGAGGAGGCCGCGCUUUACCCACCAAUCGCCUUUACCAUGGACGGUCUGAAGGAGUCACUGGGCGGUGCUGUUACGAUUCACGACAAGAAGGAGGAUGCGCUCAUGUCCAAGAUGCGAUACCCCUCAUUAUCCCUGCACGGGAUCGAGGGUGCUUUUUACUCUGAGGGAGCCAAGACUGUCAUUCCAGCCAAGGUCAUUGGAAAGUUCUCCAUCCGAACAGUACCAAACAUGGAGAUUGACCCAGUGACGAAGCUGGUUGAGAAGCACAUCAAUGACGAGUUUGCCAAGUUGAAGUCAAAGAACGCGAUGAAGUUUAGCGUCGUGCACUGCGGAAAGUGGUGGGUAGAGGACCCCAAUCACCCCAACUACACUGCUGCCGCAAAGGCUGUUGAGCGUGUGUUUGGCGUAAAGCCUGACAUGACGAGGGAGGGUGGAAGUAUCCCUGUCACACUGACCUUCCAGGAAGAGCUUGGCAAGAAUGUUCUGUUGCUGCCAAUGGGUAGUUCGACUGAUGCCGCUCACUCCAUCAACGAGAAACUCGACAAGAGGAACUACAUUGAGGGCACUAAGCUGUUGGGUGCCUACCUGCAUUACGUUGCAGGCGAGAUGAAGCGUGAUUAG